CAUGGGAAUCCAGAAUCUAAGACUGACUCCCUUACAUGGGGCGAUAUAUACGUACGAUAUGUAUACCGUCCCUAUCCAGCGUAUUAAAGUUUGCUCCCCCCUCCCCCCAAUAUCCACAUGUAAAUUCCCUAGAGUGCCAUUUCCUUAUAUUUCCCUAGACAGUUAGUUGGGAAAAUUUCACAAAAGGUAUUAGCGUUUUGAUUCAUUUCCUUUGUGUAGCGAUCAGUUUAUUAAUCCUCAUGACCAUUUCCCUUGAUGAUGUAUGGAUAUACUAAGGGUUGUGACUAUAUGGAUACCUUAAAAUCAGGUCGGACACCUUAUGUUUAUUACACAAGUGCAUACUCGUCGGAGAGAACAAUUUAUGCUAAUUUAUUGGGCACAUUUUAGAGAAAAGUGGGGAAAUUAUAGUAAGAGACAGUUGUGCAAGGAAAAGAGUUGAAUACAGGGUUUAGCACCGAAGUACCGUGAUUAGGGUUAAGCACUCUUUUAAAAACGGUUAGCUUUCAGUAAAUAAAUAACAAUGUAAUAAUCACUGCCAUGUAAAGUAUGUUGAAAUAAACCAGCGUCGCCUGUUAUCAUUAGUCCCUGAUGGUUUAUGACUCCUAUCAUGUAUUUUGAAUGAAGAAGACAACCUAAUUUUGGGGCAUCCAACAACCAUAUCCAACAACCAUAUCCUAAGGAGAAAUUGUGAAUUGGUCACUCUUGGGACUUAAACGUUUGACACCUACGAUCAUGCACAAAUGUCUUGGGACACUUUUGCAUUUCUGGGGCGUUUUCCUAUCCACACAGGCCCACCCCUCUUCCUUACCACAUAACCAUUGCUGGACGCGUGUAUCCAGAAUUUUGCAUAAGGUGAGGGGGGGGGGUUCAAAAAGGAUGCACUGUUUUAUGAGGGAACCCAGAAUGACAGAAAAAUCUGAAUAUUGCAUUACCGUCCUAGGGACUUUUAUCCAUAAUUAUACCUGUUUUAGGAGGCCCAUUACCUCCCUCUCUUCAUUAGUUCUUAUCUCCAGUUAUGAAGUUAAUGGUUUUUAAACUUUCUUUUGAUAUAUCAUUGAAUUAUUGCCUGUAAUGAUAUGCAAAUCUCUUCAACAGAAACAGUGCUUGUUGGAAUAACAUACAAAGAUAUUCCUAGCUUACUACCGGGUGAAAGUCAAGUCUUUCUUGAUGGGUAUGUUCAUACAUAGCAUCAUACUUUAAAGGUCAAUGUUUUUAAAUCGAUCCUCAUUUACACUCCGGCGAAGCAUGUUGUUGAUCUGUUAAUUCCGCUUUCUCCCACAACAAUAUUAAGUUGUAAAUAUCACCAUCAUCAUCAUCAUCAUCAUUGUUACUAUGAUUAUUAUUGGCAAAGUGCUCAAAAACUAUGUAUGUUUGCUAGACGAGAUCGAGCAAGGCUUAUUUCGUGUACAACAUGUAACUUCGCUAGUUGGAUAUGACCUGCAGUAAGUGUCCCUUUUUGGCUGAUAGUUUGGGUUUUGAUGUUUUAGAGAGAGAUUGGAGAACGCAAAGCUCUGGUCGUCUGUAAUGGCGUGCUCCGUUUUUCCAAACCCACCUGACGUGUUGCCAGAAAAUGUUACUAUUCUUUUCACUGAUGAGGUAAGUUGAUUUCUUUUCCUGGUUAUCCUAUAAACACGAGACCCAAGCAUCUCUGACUACCCAUCCUAAAAAAUUUCAGCAGUCCAAUAUUUUCUGGUACAAUAUCUCAUCUCUUCCAUUUUUUGCGCAUGGGACUGGGUUCCAAUUUACUCGAACCAAAAGGAGAGUGAGUAUAGCCCGAAACCUAUGUCUCUGCUUUCAAUUUCAGAGCCUGUGUUGAAAAAUAUUCCCACGCCAGUUUCACAAUUUACUCUAUUUCUCCCCGUUUCUCGCAUGCCUAUUAUUUAACGGGAUACCCUCGCCCAAGCCAUGCGAGGUUUUGUGUCGUAAUUGCAUUGACAACUGACAUUUUAUACACAAUUAAGUACUCUUCUAAAUUGUAAAUUGUAAUUUCUUUACCCACGGAGCACUAAGGAGUUUAUAAGAACCCGAUGAAACGUGUCCCUGCGUUCCAGAUUGAAUUGGGAUUUGAAAGUGUUGUUUUUUUAAGGAGAGGGGGAAACCGGAGUACCCGGACAAAAACCUCUCGGAGCAAGGGAGAGAACCAACAACAAACUCAACCCACAUAAGGCGUCGACGCCAGGAUUCGAACCCGGGCCACAUUGAUGGGAGGCGAGUGCUCUCACCACUGCGCCAUCCUUGCUGCCCUUACUCAUUACUGUUCAGAUGAUGGAAGAAUUACCGUUUCCAGUUUUGUUUUUCGGUUAUACCUCGGUAGUGCAGUGGUAAGAGCAGUUGCCCUCCACCAUUAUGGCUUGGUUUGUCGAAAACCGGAGGUUACGUCAUGGAGGAUUGAGUUUGGAUUUCAAAAAACAAUUCAAUCAGAAUUAUGUGAAGAUUUACAAAUUUAUUUAUUUAUUUAUUUAUUUAUAUUGCAGCAUAUAAAAGUCGAGGAUACGCCCCAUUGUGUCUUCUGGGAUUUUGAUAUAAAGUUUGUAUUUUUGUGUGUUUAAGUUGUGAAUCUUCCAAAAAUGUUCUUUCUAAAACUGUUAUUUUUCAUCAACUGUUAUUUAAUCCUUUUAUGCUGGAACUGCAAUGUAUUUGCUCGUAAGUUGUUCACAUUACCCAUUAUGUUAACAUAAAAGAUGUUAAACGUUACGUUUGUAUGUCUGUCAUCAAAAACUAGCCAUGCUCCAUAAAAAAAAAAAAAAAUGUCACAAUUGUCUUUUAUAAACGUUUUCUAAGGUACUAAGUAUGUUUACUACUUAGGUAGGGUUGUCUUUGGUUGGGUAUAGGUAGCCUUAAGAUUAGGUUCAGAUAAGCUUUGGACAAUUGCAAGUUACGCCUAUGGAUCAUACACUGUGAAUUGUUGAUACCCCUAACUAUUAACUGCUGUAUACAUUAAUCAGUAGGUUAAUUAACCGUCAGAAAACGUUUCCUAAUCUUAAAAAUACUUUAUCAAUUUCCCUUUAAGGAGUAAGUUUAAUGGCUCAUGGUCAAGUAGAGGAUGCUCUUUAGUAAACAGAAGUGAAUCUCAGGUUAUUUGUACCUGUAAUCAUCUCACACACUUUGCUGUUCUUAUGCAAACAGGAGAUGCUACUGAGGUAACGUAUUCAUUACUACGUAUGAGGCGGAAGUUUUGACAUUUUGUCUAAUCCGAACUUUCCUAGGAUGGUUAUUAUUAAGAGUCUAUUGGCCACUAAAAGAACUACAGAAAACAAACAAAAAAUGAUAAUUAACAGCUUUUGGCGCAAUGUUUUCUUGAUUAGUUUGAGUAGACAUCAUUGUUAAUCAAACUUCUUGUUUCCUUUGAAAACUGUUUGCGACUCAUUCACGUUACUACUAUAUGUUUUCCGCACAAAAUGUUACGCAAGUACCGUUUUCAAGUAAUCUUGGGAUAUUUGUCCCUUGAGAAUUUGAAAGCAAAGAAUAAUAUAAAAACUGUGAAAGGUUUGAACCCAGGAGUCAUUUCAAGCGAGUGACGAGGAAUGGUGACGUCAAUCACAUUGCUGAGCACCAUUUACAGACGAAAUAUCAAAUUGACUGGGACUCUGCGACAUGUAUAACGUAUUCUACAGACUACUAUCAACGUCUUACUUUAGAAAGCUGGUCACUAACUUAGAGCAAACGCCACUGAAUCGUAGCCAACAGUCACCAGCGCCGUACAAACGACUUAUUGACGAGAUCAAGCAAAACUAACUACGAGAGAACGACUGGAGAACUGACAAUUUGACUAACAAUAGACGACUGUUUAACUGUGACAAUAGACGGAUCGAAACGCACCAAUUACUGAUUACGAGUCUUUAUAGCCAAUAACAUCACGGCUUAACUGACAGACGACCAAUAACAUCGCGAAGUAAUUGACCAAUCAGAUCAAUAACCAGAGUAAAAUACCAUCCGUUUUUGACUCUGAAGAUGACUACCGCACAACUUGUCUAAACGUCAGUCACUGUGAACAACAACAGUCGUAUUCAGGACUACGUUCACCCAGACGAUCAAACUCAACCUACUUUUGAAAGAAUAAUAUAUAAAAAAUUUAGUGGGGAGAACGAUGGGAUUAUAAGGAAAGUCAAACUCGCAGUUGUUCAACCAAAAUUAACGCUUCUCCAAACAGUCACCCAGGAGUCGUUGCGUCGAAAUCAUUCGAACCUUUCUGUUUAAAGGUUAUAGAGGUGGUGGUGGUGGUUUCUUUCUUUUUGUCCUCCAGGACACACGAUCAUGCUGAAAUAAACAUAUCAAAGCUGCGACAAAGCAAAAAAGCUCCAAAUUUCAAUUGACAAGUAAAGCACUCAAUUCAGAUCCAGCAUAUAUAUGGAUUUGCCUUGACAAUAAGAGGUUGGAUAACUAAAUUGCUUAGUCGGUUGUUUAACUGAUACCUCAACGUUAUUUUUACAGACCUCUGCUAAGCACCAAACAGCCUUGGAGGUCAUUACUUACGUUGGCUGCGGUCUGUCUCUUUUCGGAGAGGUUCUUACAGUUAUCGCAUAUUUCACUUUACUGUAAGUAGGGCUCUUUUACAUGUGGUCGUCUUUGACUUCCUUUUCUUACAAUCUAACAGCUGAAAACCAGCCCUUUGAUUAACUGGUUCAAUAAAGUUUUAACUUAUACACUGCUUUAAACUAAAUCAAGAAGACGGUAGUACUGGGCAGCAUAAUGGACCCAUGCCUUCUCUGUGUCUUGUACUUUUCCACUUUUUUCCCCCAGAAUUGUUUGAUUUGACUCCAUAAUUUGGCUUUGACUAUGGCUAUGGCUAAAUGUCAAAACGGAACAAAAUUUAUCCCUUUGCUGGCCAGUCAAUUGUCAAAGUAUAAAUGCCACAAGAGUUAUCUUGAAUAUUUGUGACCCAAAAUAUCUGGAAUUGAGUGAGUGUUUGUAAUUACUUCUAACUUAACUAUAAACAAAGUUACAAUGACAAACUGCAGAGCAAUACAAUUUGAAAGGCGGUCUGUGAACUUCCCUGUUAACAGAGGUCUCUCACGACGAGACAAAAAUGAGAGGAAGGAGAGGGACCUCAGAAGUCUCUCUCCUUCCUCUCAUUUUUACCUCGUCGUGAGAGACCUCUGCUAUCACGGAAUCUGUGGACCGAAGUUUCCUAUUUUUUUUUCAGGAAUUUCAAGCAAGAACAAUGUCAAAUACGGCUUAACCUUGUCAUUUCAAUAGCUAUUGCACAAAUCCUAUUUCUAACAGGAAUUGAUGCUACUUCUCUGCAGGUAUUUUAUGAUAACUAAUAAUGCUUUCUCUUUGUUUGUUUGUUUUACAUUGUUUGGUUAGAAUAGGUAGCCACGAAUGAUGAUGAUGAUGAUGAUAAUGAUGAUGAUGGUGGUGAUGAUGAUGAUGAUGAUGAUGAUGAUGAUGAUGAUGAUGAUGAUGAUGAUGAUGAUGGUGAUGAUGAUGAUGCUGAUGAUGUUGAAGAUGCUUAUGAUAAUGCCGCUGGUGAUGAUGAUGAUGGUGGUGGAGGUGGAGGUGGAGGUGGUGGUGGUGGUGGUGGUGGUAGACCUGCAAACAUCAGUUAUUACUUUCUGAGAUAUUUGUACUUAUUGUGAAACGUUGUUUAUGCACCGUAAUCGACUCCUCACUCUUUUUAAUGAUUUUGCUUCAAUAGAAAGUCUGCAUCUUUGUUGCGGCAUCAAUCCACUACUUUUAUUUGGCUGGCUUUGCGUGGAUGUUAAUGGAAGGGAUCUAUCUAUAUCUAAUGGUUGUAAAAGUGUUCAACACAUUUGUCAAGAUGAGGGUAUUCUACGCAUUUUCUUGGGGUACGUAAAAUCAUCUACUUUAUGGUAUUCGAUUGAUUUCUCGCGGGCGCAGUUGAGGCCUCAAAUGUAAUAAAUGACCCUAAAUGAGGGAAUUAAGUGUAAUUAAUACCUUUUCGACGUUAAUGUAAUAAAAGUCCUGGGCGUAUAAAAGCUUGGUUACUAUGAUAACGAGGCUUGAGUGUUUAAAAUACAAUUAACUAUAAAAAGGAGAUCUGUACUUUAGUACUUCUUCGUGAUCAUCCUUUAAAAUCCUCUGGUAUUCAGCUACUUUUUUCGCCCAAAUAAGACCUUUCUUCCCCAUUUGUUAAAAUAUCCCAUCUUAUAACGUAGAGCACGAACGUAGAGCACAAUGACUACUCAAGACAUAAAAAUGGUAACACAGCCGCCCAACCAUCCCCAGUCUAACUUCUUUUCACGUUGCCCAAAAAUUACACGUUGUUUACUGCCCAAAACUAAGUUUACUGAUGCCUAAGCCUUGUUUUUUCAGUCUCCCUUGGAAAACCUGUAAUACCCAGGAGAAACUGGAAAGAAUUUUUAUGCAAAAUGUUCGAAGAUAAACAAGGUGUAUAAUGGGCAAUGUGAAAAUGGUAAAUUUACCUUUUUCACAUUGCCCAUUAUACACCCUGUCUAUAAAGAUUUCAAUAUGGCGUGGAAAGUGAAUCGCGUAGCUAUGGAAUUAUCCCAUCGGCCCGUUGCAUGUUCCAGUCUCUGUGACUUAAUCAAGUUUAGGGUCAGUGAAUAUUAUAUUGUGAUAGGUUUGAACGCAGGAGUCAUUUCAUAAGUAUUACUGUUGGAACUUUCAUUACAUUUAGGGCCAAAAUAUAUUACACGUAGAUUGACCUUUUUUUACAUUCAGGGUCAUUUAUUACAUUUGAGGCCUCAACAUCAAUCUUUUAAUGUGUCAGCUAGUGAAAGCACACACCUCCUUUCUUUAGGAUUCCCGUGUGUUGUGGCCCUGUUGUCGCUUGUUUUCGCGCACAUCACAAAUGAAGGCAUAACGAGCUACGUUCACAGUGAUUUGUAAGUAUUUUGUGAAACGUGCAUCUUUCUUUUCAUGAACAUUUCUUUUAAAGUAAUCAAUUCCAAAAAUUCUUCUUUGUCUUCUAUUUUAUUCACAGCUGUUGGGUUUCCUUCUCUAAUAGUUUGGUCUGGACCUUUGUGGCGCCAGUCCUCUUUGUUUGUUUG